AUGUCCUUAGGCGAUUCUCCACAUGGAAGUGAUGGAAAUCGCUGGAAAAGUCCACUAAGAGCUCCAAUAUCUCUUGCUCUAGAAAUAGAGGAAUUUGAUGAAGUUGAGGAAACUAGUGGCACCAUUGAUGGAACAAGUGAAGAUGAGGAAAAAGUGGUACUCUUGAUGGAGAUGGUGAAGAUGAGGAAAAGAGUGGGACUCUUGAUGGAUUUAGUGAAAACAAGGGACAAAGUGGUGUAUGUGAACUCGAUCGAGCUCAUCAACAGAGACUUGGUCGAGUUAGACAUCAACAUAGGCAGAAAACAGAGAAAGAAGAGCCAGAGGCAACAAGUUCAGUCAGAGGCAGACUCGACCGAUUGGGCUUGGAGAUGCACCAAACCGCCACCAGCAAAGAAGAGGGAUUGUCCCACCUCCUGUCAGAACCACAAUUUCGAGAUCAAGCUGGGGAUGAUUACCUUAGUCCAGAACAAGAUGUUCCAUGGAUUGUCUUGUGAAGAUCCCAUUGAUCACUUGGAUGAGUUUGAUAGGCUGUGUGAUUUGACAAAGAUUAAUGGUGUCUCUGAAGAUGCUAUUAAGCUGCACCUCUUUCCACUAUCUCUUGGUGAGAAGGCCCAUCAAUGGGAGAAGAGUUUACCCCAUGGAUCAAUCACUACAUGGGAGGAUUGCAAGAAGGCAUUUUUGCCAAGUUCUUCUCUACUGGUCGCACUGCUAAGCUGA